AUGACCUCCUUAAAAUAUUGCUUAAAUAUAGGUUAUACUAUUUACCCAAAAGAAAGAAGACCCUACAUUGAAGAUGACACCGCAAUUUCUAACAUCAAAGAACUUGGAAAAGACCUAGUCUUGGAUUCAGGUCCAUCAGCAGCAGCAUCCAUUUCCACACCCCACAAUGCAGUCUAUGCUACUACCAACCAGACAGCUCUACUGUCCUUCUUCUUUCAACCUAGGAUCCCUAACUGGGAAUUUAUCAGCAUCAAAUGGGAAUUUAUCAGUAUCAAUGAGAGUGUCCCUAUCUUGGUUUACCUGUUAGACAGUUGUGUUGGAUACUCCCAGAUAUGGUGGGAGAGGGAAUGCAACAGUGACAAAGAAGUGGCUGAACGAUAUCAACAGCGGGCAGAUAUUUUGAAGAAUGGCACCUUGAUGAUUCAACAUGUGGGGACUCAGGAUUCAGGGAAGUACCAGGCAAUAGUACGAACCUAUGGUAAAAAAGACUAUGCAACAGUCAAUCUUAUAGUGAUAGAAGACAGCAGAUCCAUUGCAGCACCUUCACUAACCUUGGGAAGACUGGAGACCGAAAGCAUCAUUCGAGUGAUCUUGGCCUGCCUGGUCCUCUGCUGCCUAGGGCUGGUGGUAGGACAGCAUAUUUAUACUUUGGAAGCAAGUAUAACCCAGGAGAGGAAGACAGUGGGCCAGCCUGGGAAAUCCAAUCUUUACUGGAGUUAACAUGUUAUGACUGAUCCAUCAAUUCCUAUCAUCGAUCAUGAGCAGGCAUUGGAAAUUAAGAAAUGCCCACCAUGCCUCUGGGUGACUUCUGCUCAUCAGACUACUAUUCAAGACUACUGAAUGACAGCCCUCAUCCAGUCAAUCAAUGAUCUGAAACUGGAUCUGGAAGGAAUUUGCUGGGUAUUAUGUGCUGAACAUGGCAUACAAAUGGGGUUUCACCUCAGACUGCAU